CUGCAGCCCACGGGCUCGGGCAAAUCCCUCUGUUACCAACUCCCCGCCUUCCUCUACCACCGCCGUUCCCGCUGCAUCUCCCUCGUCAUCUCCCCCCUCGUCUCCCUCAUGGACGACCAGGUUUCCAACCUCCCCUCAGCCCUCAAAGCCGUCUGCAUCCACUCCAACCUCACCCAAUCCCAGCGUGAAGCAGCCAUAAAAAAAGUCAGCAGCGGCCAAGCCCAAAUCCUGCUGCUUUCCCCGGAAUCUGUGGUGGGAUCGGGAUUUUUUUCCCGCCUUUUCCGCCGUUUCCCUCCCGUGGCUUUCGCCUGCCUGGAUGAAGCUCACUGCAUCUCCCAAUGGUCCCACAACUUCCGGCCCGCUUACCUCAGGGUCUGCAAGGUUCUGCGGGAGCGCUUGGGCGUUCGGUGCUUCCUGGGCCUCACGGCCACGGCCACGCUGGCCACGGUUCGGGACGUGGCUGAACAUUUGGGAAUUCCUGCGGGAAGUCCCGCCAUCGGCACCUUCGGAAUUCCCGAAAAUCUGCGGCUCUCGGUGUCCGUGGAGACCGACCUGGACCAG